ACUGCAGCCUCCUCUGUCAUACUGCAGCCUCCUCUGUCCAUACUGCAUCCUCCUCUGUCCAUACUGCAGCCUCCUCUGUCCAUACUGCAGCCUCCUCUGUCCAUACUGCAGCCUCCUCUGUCCAUACUGCAGCCUCCUCUGUCCAUACUGCAGCCUCCUCUGUCCAUACUGCAGCCUCCUCUGUCCAUACUGCAGCCUUCUCUGUCCAUAUUGCAGCCUCCUCUGUCCAUACUGCAGCCUCCUCUGUCCAUACUGCAGCCUCCUCUGUCCAUACUGCAGCCUCCUCUGUCCAUACUGCAGCCUUCUCUGUCCAUAUUGCAGCCUCCUCUGUCCAUACUGCAGCCUCCUCUGUCCAUACUGCAGCCUCCUCUGUCCAUACUGCAGCCUCCUCUGUCCAUACUGCAGCCUCCUCUGUCCAUACUGCAGCCUCCUCUGUCCAUACUGCAGCCUUCUCUGUCCAUAUUGCAGCCUCCUCUGUCCAUACUGUCCAUCAGAGUAAAUUUCGUCCUGUCGUAUCAUUUCGGCGAGGUAUCGGUGUGGAAACGACGGGUCGAUGUCAAACGAGUACUAGAAAUAUGCAUCUAUAUGGAGAAUGUAGAAGAGCCUCCGCAGCAACUAAGGAUUUCCGAAGAGUUUGAAGAUGAUAUUAAGAUAUGUUUCGUACAAAGGAACAGUGCCCUUGAAAAUUGGUAG